AUGGAAGUGAAUACGCAAUUUACGUUUGUUCUCAGUGUUUUUCCAAAUCUGUUGGUAAUCUAUAUGGCAACAACGACCAGAAUACGCGAAAUCAAACAGUUUCGAAUUAUAAUUGCAAUACAAUCCGUUAUCGAGAUAUUGUCAUCGUUAAUUUUGUCUACCUUCAGCAUCGUAAGCUUUCUGAAACCGAUGUUCAGUGGCGUUUCAUCAGUUAUCUGA